UGUCGGCGUAGAAUGUGAUAAACUAUUCAGCAUCUUCCUAGUUGCUCUAGAAACUCCAAUAGUUUUUGUGAAUACGGGAGUAGUGACUUUCCCCCGUGUUUUCAAUGGUGAACUCCCGCAUCCUAUGCGCACUCUCAGUGUGGACUCAACGGUUGCUGAUGAUCUGCACUCCCAGCAUCACUAGACGUCUCAUGACAGUGGCUUGGCGCGCGGUCAUAUAGUUUAAUAUUGGCUUAAUACUCCUUUGGUUGGUUUAACAAAAUAUUGGAGCCUCUCGUGAUUCGGGUGGGAUAACUAGCAUAGAAACAGUUUGUUCGAAAGCGUCGAAAUAAAAUGGUUCCUGUUCAACGUCAAACCUAAACUUUUACCUUCUAUAUUUUACUGAUAAUAUGAAUACUGUCCUUGAUUAUUAACAAAAUAAUUUCAAUUGUUGUUUUCUUGUGUAAUGUAUUGUUAUUGGACAGGCAUAUUUAAGGUAUUUUGUUAAUACUGUCAAGAGUUAAAGUUUAAAGAAAACUCUGGAUUUAAACUGACAAACUUAAGGCUGUAAAUGGCCUUACAAGAAGUGUCCUACAGUGAUAAUACGAUAAACAGGGGAUCCCAAGAAAUAUCUACUUGUUCUUCCGAAAGGCAAUCAAACGAUGCGUUCUCGUGAAAAUAGCUUCUUCUUCAAGUUGAUGUCCGUCGGAAUGGUCUACACCACAUAGUUAAGUCUAGUUCGGCUUGUCCAGCUACACGAGUCAUCCACGAACAUUAAGGCUGAGGCCGGGAGAUAAGACCAACACUCAGAAGUGUUUAGGAAGCUGCGACGACACAGUUCACCGAUAAAUCUGUACGCCAUGAUGACCACGGAUGUGAUUGUCUUUUUACUCUUCUUGGCUCUAUUCCAACAGCUACAAGGUGAGCCCUACCAGAACUACCCGCGGGUUGUACAUACAAAGUAUGGCUCCGUAAGGGGCAUAGUUCGAACCCUAUCAAACCGUCGACUUCAACCUGUGGAUGUUUUUCUAGGGGUUCCUUUUGCUAGCCCACCAAUAGGGUCCCUACGUUUCAUGCCACCAGUAACUCUUCCCAGAUGGAAAGGCGUCAGGACAGCUGAUAAACUUGCACCUGUCUGCCCGCAGAAGUUCCCGGAUAUCCAGAAUGAAACCGAAGCUUUGAAAAGAAUGCCUGCCGGAAGACUAGCAUAUCUUCGUAGGCUUCGCCCUUACCUACAAAACUUCAGCGAAGAUUGUCUCUACUUGAAUAUCUAUGCCCCUGCAAAAGUUGCCAGAGAGCCUGUGAAGCUACCUGUGAUGGUUUAUAUUCAUGGGGAAUCUUUCUUCUGGAACUGGAACCCUUAUGAUGGAAGUGUACUAGCAAGUUAUGGUAACGUCGUCGUUGUUACCGUUAACUUCAGACUUGGAGUGUUAGGUUUUUUCCCAGCAACAGAGGGAUCUGCUCGAGGAAAUUAUGGCCUUAUGGACCAAGUAGCAGCUCUACACUGGAUACAGGAAAACAUUGACGGGUUUGGCGGAGAUCCACAUAAUGUGACGAUAUUUGGUCAGGGUCAUGGAGCCGCAUGUGCAAACAUCCUCAUGAUAACACCUAUGGCUAAAGACCUUUUUCAUCGAGUCAUCUUACAGAGUGGUUCGGUAUUCAGUCCAUGGGCUAUUGCAAAGGAUUCACUAUUCUAUGCUCGUAAGUUGGCUAUAAAACUAAAAUGUCCAACAAAUAUCGAUACCUCGACAAUUGAAUGUCUUCGUCAUCGUUCUCUUCAAAAAAUAUUAGAUGUAAACAUAGAAGUUCCAGAUCACCUGACCACAUUUGGACCAACAAUAGAUGGUAUUUUUCUACAGUACGACCCGGAAUAUCAAAUGGAGGAAAACACCAAUAUAAAUCGCCACUAUGACCUGCUGUUUGGUGUCACUCGGACCGAAUCUUAUUUUCAGUUUUCAGCAAGAGAAGAAAAAAAUGGAAUCGACAUAAAGCGACGCAAUCGGAUUUUAAGAACACUAGUCAGAAAUUUGUAUAAUUAUCACCAGCAAGAAAUCUACCUUACCAUUAUCAACGAAUACACCGACUGGAGUCGCCCUAGUCAACAUCCUGUCAACUUAUUCGAGGAAACAGUCGAUGCUCUUGGAGACGGCCUGAUUGUGGCCCCACUUGUAAAACUAGGUAACUUACAGGCUCAUGUUCACCAAAACACUUAUUUCUACGUAUUUAACCACCAAUCAGAAGAGGGGGACUACCUGCCCAAGCUUGGCUGUAUACAUGGUGAGGACCUUUCUUACGUCUUUGGAGCCCCGUUAGUAGAUUUUCUUGCACACUUUCAACCUAACUAUACACGGUCAGAGGAGAUUCUCUCGGAAUCAGUUAUCACUCAUUGGACGAAUUUCGCUAGGACUGGAAAUCCAAAUUCAACGGAUUACAAAAGUGAUGAUGAAAAACACAGAUUCAGCCGCUUCGAAUGGCAAAACUAUGACCCAGUGUACCAGAAACAUAUAACUAUAGGAAUGAAGCCCCGAGUGAGAGACCAUUACCAUGCGCACCAUUUAUCAUUUUGGUUAAAUCUUCUCCCAUCAUUGAACAGAGCUGGUGCUGGAGACGUUCAUUUUGAGCACCACAGGCUACAUGACUACAAUAACCCCUCAUCUUAUGACGGAAUCAUCCGUAGUCAUCUGUCAUCCUCCACUGAGCAUGUCACCACCACCUCCUCUACGGGAGAAGACAAUGUUCCCACGGAAGGCAGCGAAAAUACUUCAGAUUCACAAGGGAAGUCGAGCAUGGAAGUAACUUCACGAGGUGUAGUGGAAAAGAACGUAAUUGCUACUACAACAACAAAUAAGACAGAAACUAAAACCGUUGUAUACCAAGAAGGAAUAUACUCCACAACACUCAGCGUGACCAUCGCUGUGGGAUGUUCGCUUUUAAUCCUGAAUGUUUUAAUCUUUGCUGGAGUUUAUUAUCAGAAAGACAAGAAGAGAGAUUUCAAACUUGACAAGAGAAUUUACGAGCCACCAGAAUGUGGAGAUGAUGACCCUUUGCCAAAACUUAACCAAAUGAAAAUGGAGUUAAUGCAUGCAAAAGCCCACUCUUCCACCAUACCGUCCACUCAUCCUCAAGACCUGUGUUUCCAACUUCCUCCUUCUUCUAUACCUCUUAAUACGGUUCCAUAUUCAACCAACCAAGAGAAAAUGCCACCACCAGAGGGCCAGCCGCUUCUGUCGCACAACUUUCGAGGACCGGCCACUGUUCGAGCUAGUCAGGAGAUGAGGGUUCAUUUUCAGGAGCGGCCUGGUGAGACCACAGUUUAAUAGUGACCAGAGAGACAGAAUCCUAGUAAGAAAUCAAAGUUGAAGUAAAAGUCUACACAGAGGGCGCUUCGUUAUCUUGUCAGCUACGUAGAGUAUUAAGUCUCUAUUUUCUGAAAUGUUAUGCUAGUUCGUGGAGUUUUGCUUUUACGUUUUCGCCUAACGAGCUUUAAUAUUAAACGGUGUUAUAUACAUUGAUGGCUGUAUAUUUCAUUGAACAGUUCUAAAUAUCUACCGGUUAUCAAGCCUGUGAUACAUAUAAGCUAUUUCACUUUCAGAUAAGGUAUAAAAAUUGUCAGUGUUAGACGCAGCUGUCGUAUAAUAGAAACAAUUUCCGUUGACUCAAAUCCAGCAAUCAUUAUCUUAAUUUGGAUAUUAAAUUAAUUAGAGCUUUACUGAAAACAUAGAAAAUUUCCUAGUAGUUUACAGUUAGUCGAAAAAGUCGCCGUUAUCUAUUCUUAUUUAAAUACAACCAUCAUAAAGUGUAGGAUCUUUUCAGAAUCGUGUGUUCGAAUAUUUGUGUUUGUCCACAGACCUUUUCUUCCUUGAAUUUAAUAAAACAGAAACUUUAUUGUA